CUUGGUGACUCUAGUGACUCCAGCUGUGGGCGAUUGGAUUCGAUGAGAUGCUCCAAGUUUUUUCAGGAUUGCAGGCUCAGUCGUCCUCAAGAAUGGGAGCAAAACCAGCACCUCUAAUACUAUCUCUACUUCUUGGACAAGUGCUCCAACUCACACUGUGUCAUGACGUGUUCAUCGACAAUAAAGAAGCCUCUCAGAUCAUUCGGGCAAAGAGGGCUAACACUUUUUUGGAGGAGUUAAAACCAGGGAAUCUGGAGAGAGAGUGUGUGGAAGAGAUUUGCGACCAUGAAGAAGCUCGAGAAGUUUUUGAGAAAACUGAUAAAACGGAGAGAUUUUGGACGAAAUAUUUGGCAUGUGAUGGAACAAAAUCAGCUAGAACACCGACAACUAUCAACAAGUUGAGAUCAUGUGUGAAAACAGAGGGAGACUGUUACUUUGAUAUUGGUGAAAGCUACGCUGGUGAGGUGUCUGUCACCAAGUCUGGAAAGUCGUGCCAAUUCUGGAAAAGCAACUUCCCCCACAGGAUUCACGAAUUUAAUGUGACACAGCUGAAGCUACCAGAGAACUUUUGCAGAAACCCAGAUAAGAGCCCUGAUGGCCCUUGGUGUUUUACAAGAGACCCAGCAGUCAGGAGGGAGUCCUGCCGUGUGCCAAAAUGCGGUGAGACUGGUUUGCUGCCGCCUCCUCCUACACCAGCUGUGAAACCUGAAGAGCGCUACUUGAAGACUAAAUGUCUGGGUGGAAGUGGAGAGACCUACACAGGGGAUUUGUCUGUGAGUCUGGGGGGUCACCCAUGCCUGCAGUGGAGUGCAGCAGAAGUGCAGGCCUUUAUAAAGGGGAAAGAGUUGCUGCCUCACGUUCACCUGGUAAAGAACCACUGCAGAAACCCAGAUGGAGAUAUGGAGGGUCCCUGGUGCUAUGUAAAAGGAGCAGGCGGAAACAUUACCAUUGAUUACUGUGACCUGAAGUUGUGCGAUGACCCUUUGGAUAAGUUUGUUGAGGAAUCAGGUGGUCGGGAGAGAACAACUCUCGGAGACAAAAGGAGAACUUUCUUUAGUCCCCGUAGCUUUGGUAAUGGAGAGCAAGAGUGUGGUGUCCGCCCCUUGUUUGAGAAAAUCAGCAAAGAAGAUAAGAACGAGAAAGAGCUGCUGAUGUCAUACUCUGGAAGCAGAAUAGUGGGAGGAGAGGAGGCUGAAAUGGGCAGUGCUCCAUGGCAGGUGAUGUUGUAUAAGCGUAGUCCUCAGGAGCUGCUGUGUGGAGCCAGUCUGAUCAGUGAUGAGUGGAUUCUUACUGCCGCUCACUGCAUUCUUUACCCACCGUGGAACAAGAACUUCACCAUCAAUGAUAUUAUCGUCCGCCUUGGAAAACACUCUCGUACCAAAUAUGAGAGGGGCACUGAGAAGAUUGUGGCCAUUGAUGAAAUCAUUGUCCACCCCAAAUAUAACUGGAAAGAAAACCUGAACCGAGACAUUGCUCUUUUGCACAUGAAGAAGCCUGUUACCUUUACAAAUGAGAUCCACCCUGUUUGUCUGCCCACCAAGAGCAUUUCAAAGACAUUGAUGUUUGCAGGUUAUAAGGGCCGUGUAACUGGCUGGGGGAACCUGAGGGAAUCGUGGACCUCUAAUCCAACAAAUCUUCCAUCAGUGCUGCAACAGAUUCACUUGCCCAUCGUGGAUCAGAGCAUCUGUCGCAAUUCCACCUCGGUCAUCAUCACUGACAACAUGUUCUGUGCUGGUUACCAGCCAGAUGAUACAAAAAGAGGUGACGCUUGUGAAGGAGACAGUGGCGGACCUUUUGUGAUGAAGAGCCCUACAGAUAAACGUUGGUAUCAGAUUGGCAUUGUGUCAUGGGGUGAGGGCUGUGACCGCGAUGGCAAAUAUGGAUUCUACACGCACUUAUUCCGUAUGCGUCGCUGGAUGAAAAAAGUCAUUGACAAAACAGGCUCAGUAGAUGAUGAGUGAUCUUCCUAGCUGGAAAAAACACCUUUGCCACACAAUAAAUGAACACUUGUGAUCAAACCUGCAAAUGGAUAAAUAAAUCUGAAUUCUUUGUAUGCUGAUA